CAAACGUGCACACACACACACAAGAUAAGACACACAAAAACACUCAGAUAACAAUUUGUUACUUUGACCGGUAAAUAUUUGAGGGCGUCCCAUCUCCAAACCAGAGUUCAUAUGUCUGCUAACUGAUGCGCAAACAAGAGAAUGCAUGAGCAUGGUUCACCAUGCUUAUGACACAAGGUGUGUCAUGUGAUGAUGAUGGUCAAAGCAGCCUGUCCAACCCCAACAGAGUAGCCCUAUAGCCUUAAAUACUGAUGAGACAUUAGGACUGGAAAUAAAGUCAUGGACUGGAAGCUAAUCUGCUUGAGCCUCCUGAUGGGGCUGUUUUCCUGUGGCAACAGUGAAACUGAUAGGAACAGGUGUGUGUCAGCGACCAAUUGUGCAGAGUGUAUCCAGGCAGAUCCUAGCUGUGCCUGGUGUUCCGAGCCAUCCUUUCAGAGGGCUCGCUGUGGCAAACUAAAGGACCUGAGGAGAGCUGGCUGUAAGCUGUCCCAGCUCCAUGAUCCCCAUGGAAGCCUCGAGAUCCUCAGUCACACACACAUCCCCAACCCCACCAUUGAGGUCUCCGGGAGCAGCAUGGAGGUGGCAAAUGGGACCGUGGUGGAGGCUGGGGCCCAAGUCCAGCCCCGGAGGUUCAGCCUCAGCCUUCGGCCUGGGGAGGCCUGGUCCUUCAGUCUGCAGGUAUCUCCCACCAGUGACCAGCCCAUGGAUGUCUACUACCUGCUGGACCUGUCUCCCUCCAUGAAGGACCACCUGGAGAACAUCCUCCAGCUAGGGACCAGACUGGCCCAGAAGAUGGCCCACAUCACCAAAGACCUAAGGCUGGGUUUUGGCUUGAUCGAGACCAGCGCGGGCGCCAAGGUACCCCGGUUCAGACACGUGCUGAGCCUCACCGGAGACUUCCAGAGGUUUACGGAGGCGAUUGGCCAGGUACGGAGCCAGGUACCUGAGGAGGAGGAGGACAGGGGGCAGCAGGGGGCAGUGGACGCCAUAGUGCAGGUGUCCGUGUGUCAGGAGGAGAUCGGCUGGAGGAACGGAAGCCGCCUGCUGGUCUACUCGGCCGACCGUAAACGUCAAGGCGACUUCGUCGCAGGGUCUAAGGCCAAGACGUGCCAGCUGCAGAACAACGUGUACUCCCCUUCCGGCUCCCCUCAACACGUCAACGCCAGGAGGACCUUUGACACGGUCAACGCCAACGACAUCGCGGUGGUCCUGGCGGUCACCGAUGACCUGCUGAAGAACAACCAGCAAUCCGGCACUUCGUCCAAGGGGGACUUUAUCGCACUGGCCCAAAAACUCAUUGCUCACCACACGGAAGGCACCCUGUCGGGUAACUCCGACAACCUAGUCGACCUGAUAGUAAACGCCCAGAGCAGCAGGGGGAUCUCCCUCAAGAACAGCCCAGUCCCGGAGGGCGUGACCCUGUCCUACCGCACCCGCUGCCUGGAUGGCCUCCUCCGGGAGGGCAAGGACUGCCCCGCCUGCCGGAACAUCUCCGUCGGUCACCAGGUGGUGUUUAACCUUAGCCUUGUGCUUACCCAGUGUCCUAAGCAGGGUCCCCUUCCGACAACCAUUAGCAUCAAGCCACUGGGUUUCACUGAGCAGCUGGACAUUGAGAUCAAGCCGGUUUGCAGUUGUGACUGUCAAACCGAACGGGUGGAGAACAGCCUCGCUUGCGGUACCAACGGAGCACUUGAGUGCGGCGUCUGCAGGUGCAACAAGCCACAUGCCGGCAUACACUGUGAGACUGAACUCGCUGAUGACUCGUUAUAUGACCAAUGCAGGCAGACUGCCAAAUCCCCAGUCUGCAGUAAACACGGUGAAUGUUUGGAAGGGAUGUGCAAGUGCAACAGUAGGAUAGAUCCAGUGGAGCAAUACAUCGGCAGGUACUGCGAGUGCGACAACUUCACCUGCGAACGCGCCAAUGGCCUAUUGUGCGGGGGGCACGGUCGCUGUGAGUGCGGGAGGUGCGUCUGCGACGUCGCCUGGACAGGAAGUAGCUGUGAAUGCUCCAUGGGCAUCUCUUCCUGCCUGGCGUCCAACCAGCUGAUUUGUAACAACCAGGGAAACUGCAUGUGUGAAAGGUGUGUGUGCUCAAACAUGUACAGGGGUCCUACUUGUGAGGACUGCCCUAUUUGUUGAUGACAAGUGAACUUUCCCACUAGCUUCAUAUAAUAUAACUACAAAGAACAUGGGUGCAUCUUGACUCCUCUCGUCCUGUACUGGGUGAUGGUUAAUAAAUGAUUACAUUUACA